UAUUUUCUCCCGCUUUAUACUCUCUCUCCUUCAUCACUCCGUCUCUGAUCGGAACCCUCACCGUCAAAAAAAAAUCGAAACUUGUCGUCUCCUCCAAUGGCACCCAUAGACCCACACUCCUUCACCGACUCCACCCACCCUCUAACAACCCACGUGUCCCUCUCCCUCUACCUCUCCUUCCCCACCUCCACCAUCCACGCCUCCGCUCUCCUCACCCUCUCCUCCCCCUUCUCCGGCACCCUCUCCCUCGACUCCCGCUCCCUCUCCCUCUCCUCCAUCCUCGACCCCCAAACCCUCCACCCUCUCCCUCACUCCCUCUCCCCAACCCCCGAUCCAAUCCGCGGCACCGAGAUCUCCGUCGUCCUCUCCGGCCAAUCCCAAAUCUUGCUCAUCUACUCAACCUCCCCCGCCGCCUCCGCUCUCCAAUGGCUCUCCCCGCCUCAGACCUUCUCCAAAACCCACCCUUACGUCUACACACAGUGCCAAGCCAUCCACGCCAGAUCCAUCUUCCCCUGCCAAGACACCCCCGCUCGUCGUAUCCGCUACGACGUCGUUAUGAACAUUCCCGCCUCUCUCUCCGCCGUUAUGUCUGCUCGUCACGUGCGUCGGAGGCUCCCUCUCCCCGAGGAAGCAACCCAUCUCGACUCCUCUUUAUGCUGGUGCGCGGAGGAUAGAGUCGUGGAAGAGUUUGUUAUGGAGCAGCCGAUUCCUCCGUAUCUGUUCGCGUUUGCGGUUGGGGAGUUGGGGUUUCGAGAAGUGGGGCCCAGGACGAGGGUGUACGCGGAGUCUGCUGACGUGGAGGUUCUUGAUGCGGCUGAGGUGGAGUUUGCUGGGGCUGAGGAGAUGAUUAGGCAAGGGGAGAAGCUUUUUGGGGAGUAUGAUUGGGAGAGGUUUGAUUUGCUUGUGUUGCCUCCGAGUUUUCCUUAUGGUGGGAUGGAGAAUCCGAGGAUGGUGUUUUUGACGCCUACUGUGAUUAAAGGGGAUGCCUCUGGGGGUCAGGUUGUGGCUCAUGAGCUUGCGCAUAGCUGGACUGGGAACUUGAUUACUAACGUUAACAACGAGCAUUUCUGGUUGAAUGAGGGGUUUACAACUUACGCAGAGAGGAGGAUUGUGGAGGUUGUUCAAGGAGCGGAUAUAGCUACUUUGAACAUGGGGAUUGGCUGGAGAGGUCUAAAAGAUGAGAUGGAACGUUUUAAAGACAAUUUGGAGUGCACUAAGCUCAAGAAUAAUCAACAAGGUGUUGAUCCAGAUGAUGUUUACUCUCAGGUUCCUUACGAAAAAGGGUUCCAGUUUGUGUUGAGAAUCGAACGUCAGGUUGGGAGGACUGCUUUCGACGAGUUCCUCAAGAAAUACAUUGCUACGUUCAAGUUCAAGUCGAUUGAUACAGAUACGUUUCUUGAUUUCUUGAAAGCGAACAUCCCUGGGAUAGAGAAAGAGAUCAACCUAGAGCUGUGGACUGAAGGCGUUGGUAUACCGGAAGAUGCAUAUGAACCAGUCUCAACCAUUUACACAAAGAUCAUAUCGUUGGCAGAAGAGUUUAAGCAAGGAAAGAUGCCAAGUGAGGAUGAGGUUGCUGAGUGGAAGGGUCAGGAAUGGGAGCUCUACUUGGAGAAUCUUCCUAAAUCAUGUGAACCUUCUCAGGUCAUAGCGUUGGACAAGCGCUACAGACUAGCAGAAUCAAAGGACUACGAAGUGAAGGUGUCGUUUCUACAAGUUGCAAUCUCGUCCAAGUGCAGAGAGUACCAUGGAGAAGUGGAGAAAACUCUAAAAACCGUGGGAAGGAUGAAGUACCUGCGUCCACUCUUCAACGCUCUUGCACAAUCAGGUGGAACAGAAGAGAAGCAGCUGGCGAAACAGGUGUUUGCAGAAGCACGAGAGACUUACCACCCCAUAGCUCAGGGAGUAGUUGAGUCUAUCCUCUCUAAGUACAUCUAAACAAAGACCCAUCUUUUAAAAAAAAACAUUUCAAUAAUAAAACUGUAAUAAACAAUUGCUUGCUGCUUUAGUCAUAAACAAGAAAGUGAAUUGCUUUUAACUAA